CAACAGCGCCCCGGUCCCGGCACCGGCAGCGAGCGCCCGGCCCGGCCCCAGCCUCCCGACGGCGCCCCGGGCCCUCCGCCAGCAUGCCGGGCCAGGCGGCGGCCGCCAUGGCCAUGGGUGUGCUGCUCGCCGCGUGCCACGCGUUGGAGAACACCACGGCAGCCGGGAGCGGUGCGGGCGCGCCGGUGGCGGCGGCGGUGAGGUCCCACUUCGACGACUGCCCCGACUCCCACAGCCAGUUCUGCUUCCACGGCACCUGCCGCUUCCUGGUGCAGGAGGACAAGCCGGCUUGCGUGUGCCACUCUGGGUACGUGGGGACGCGGUGCGAGCACGCCGACCUGCUGGCCGUGGUGGCCGCCAACCAGAAGAAGCAGACCAUCACCGCCUUGCUGGUGGUGGCGGUGGUGGCCUCCGUCCUGCUCAUCGGCGUCUGCGUGCUCAUACACUGCUGCCGGCUGCGGAAGCGAUGUCAGUGGUGCCGGACGCCCAUGGGUGCCCCGGAAAAACCGGGGGGGCUCCUGAAAAGCGGCACCUCCUGCUGUCACGCCGAGACGGGUAAGGGGACGGGGGGCCACCGCGCCGCCACGCCGGCCACCGGCGUCUAAACCGCGUCCCCUUCCCCGCGGGGGGCUGACCGAGAAGGUGUGUGUAUGUGGGGGGGGCCCCCGUUGCCGCCGCCCCCCCACCCAGGACACCCGCGCUGGGGCCCAGCAUCUCUCCUCCGCUUUUCCUCUAUUUUAUUUUAUUUUUAUUUUCUCUUUUGGUUUUUUUGGUUUUUUUUUUUCCUUAUUUCCCACCCCCCCCGCCCCCCACGGAAGACGGCGAGCGGGGGGCUCCCUCUGCCCCCCCACCCCCCCACCCC